AUGCUUCAACAUGUUCAGAUCAAUGUAGGAAUAGCAGCAGUGGAAAAUGUGCUACCUUCGUUUAUGGCCCAUUCGCUUAGCGGUGGCGCAAUUGGGCUUGCAUUAGAUCGUAUGCAAUCAGAAGGCAUCGCGUAUGGAUUCCAAUUCAGAUUCUUUGUCAACUAUACGGAAUGCAGUACAUCGGAAGCUGUUGGUGUGGCGGUAGAUUUUAUGAAGAAUCAGAACAUGGAUGUAGUGAUUGCUCCACCAUGCCCAAAAGCAGCAAGAAUUAUGGCUCAUCUCUCGACAUUUUAUAAGAAAGCAUUACUUGGAUGGGGUUUUCUCUUGGACUCCGAAUUCAGUAACCCGCAACGUUUCCCUUUUUUCACCAGAGCUCUACCAGACUCACUAAGUAUGAUGAAAAGCGUCCUGCAAUUAUUUCAAAUGUUUGAAUGGAAUCGUGUCGCAAUUUUCUACACACCAAACGAAGUUCAAUAUUGUGACAGUAUCAUCGACGACACAAUGGCAGUGUUCGCUGAUGAAUCAACCUACUACGUGGAAGUGAUACAAAAGACGGUGUGGAACCGACAGGAUGACGAGUACUUUAGAAAUGAAAUGCUUCGUGCGAAAAGAUCAUCAAGAAUAAUAGUAGUAUGUCUCGAUACUGCUAAAGAUAGAAGGAAUUUCAUGAAAGCAGCACGGAGGUUAGACAUGGUUUCGGACGAGUUCGUCUACGUUCUGCUAGGAAUGCGAGGGUUUGCAUUUGUGUCGAAUGGUCUGACUCCUUUCUGGGAAGAUUUAGAAAAUGAUCACGCUGACGACCAGCUAGUCAAGGAGGUCUCCAAGAGAAUACUUGUGGUUGAUACGAACAGCGAUGACGUUGAUACCCAGAAAAUAAACGACUUCACAAAGAAUGUUGGUCCACGAGUUAGAAACGAUCCACUUUACUGCUCCACUACUGCCUGUUUAGGAAAUGAUGGAAAACCGAUGGCAGUUUGGAGUCGUCACCUGCAUGACGUUUUCUACCUUUAUGGUCUGUCGUUGAAUGAUUCACUUUCUCUUGAUCCGGUAGGGGGACAGUCUAAUGCUUCAACUCUUUCUCAUUCAAUGAAACGAUCAUUUGUUGGCCUCACGGGAGCUGUUACGAUCAAUGAUAAAGGGACCAGAGUCCCACUCUUCUCUGCAUAUGGUCUUGACAACAACUACAACCAGAUCACCUUUGUGAAUUUCACUUUCUCAAAUGGAGCACCUGAUAUGUCUAAAGGGUACACUGAUGAAGCGACUACAAUUUGGGCAACACGACAGGGAAAACGCCCACUUUCUCGACCUGUCUGUGGUUACAGUGGAACUGAUUGCCCAAAGGCAUUCUGGGACCAGUACUCAGUGUAUGUACUCGUAGGAGGAGCUAUACUUCUGUUUUUAUCACUAGCUGCUAUUCUCUUCUUCGUCUAUGUACUAAGAAUUCGCCGACUGGAGGAGGAACAACUGCGUUUGCAGUGGCUGGUGCCGUACAUUAAACUAGGAAGCCUCCCUAGUUUGAAAAAGCUUCAACAUAUGAGCAAACCUUCGCUUCAAUCAGGACCCUCCACCAUAACCGCUGAUUCAGGAUUCAAUUCGAAAGCAAACUUCAGUGACUACGUAGUCUAUUUUAUCGAGAAGGAUUUAGUCCUCGCUACAAAACAUGCAAAAACUACUCUCACGCAAGAAGAUUAUUUGAGAUUUCCGAGGAUGAGGAAUAUGGAUCAUGAUAAUGUAAACAGCUUUAUCGGUUUGUCUAUCGACGGAGCAGAAUACGUUGCCAUUUGGCGAAUGUGUCAGAGAGGAACAUUGCAGGAACUUAUAUCAAAAGGAUCGCUGUGGUUUGAUCCAUUCUUCAUGUUCUGCAUCAUGCGAGACAUCGCUGAAGGGUUGCGCUUCCUGCAUGCCUCUUUCAUAAAAUGUCAUGGGCGGCUCCGUUCGGGCUGUUGUUUAGUCAGCGAAAGUUGGCAAGUGAAAAUAUCCGAUUACGGCGUCGAGUCAUUGGCCGAAGAAGACCGCCAGAAACGAAAACGUCUUCUUUGGAUUGCUCCCGAGCACCUCAGGGAUUCCAAAACCUCUAAAGAGGGAGAUGUCUUUUCAUUUGCUAUUGUUUCUUCAGAAGUUAUUACACGAAAGGCUGCAUGGAACAUCUACGAACGCAAGGAAAGUGUUGAUGAGAUAGUUUAUAUGGUCAGAAAGGGUGGCUCUUUACCACUGCGGCCAGAUAUGACCAGUGAAACAGAAAUAAGCAAUGCGACGCUCCGUCUGAUCCGCGACUGUUGGUCCGAAAACCCGACCGAACGCCCAACAGCGGAAAUGAUUUGUAAACUUCUUAGGUCAACUAUGCCUAAUACAAAGGAAAACUUAAUGGAUCAUAUGUUUAAUAUGCUAGAAGAAUGCACCAGAACACUUGAGUUAGACGUCGAGGAGCGAACAAAACAACUUCAGGAAGAAAAAAAGAAGGCUGACAUACUCUUAGGAAAAAUGCUACCGAGACAAGUAGCAGAUCGCCUAAAACUAGGGCAAACUGUUGAACCUGAGGGUUUCAACUGCGUCACAGUGUUCUUCUCUGAUGUGGUAAAGUUCACACAGCUUGCGGCAAAAUGUUCGGCAUUCCAGGUUGUCAGUUUGUUAAACGAUCUCUACGGUGGUUUUGACUCAAUUAUUGAGGAGCACUGCGUUUAUAAGGUUGAGUCUAUCGGAGAUGGUUACCUAUGUGUGUCGGGACUACCAACAAGGAACGGGGACACACAUAUCAAGGAGAUAGCCGAACUGUCAUUGUCAUUUAUGGAAUUUGCGGACGAAUUUCGAUUCAGCCCACUUCCACGAGAACGAAUUCUACUCCGGAUUGGAAUGAACACAGAUGAGCUCAAAUAG